AUGGGAGCAAUGAAGGCUUUGAUAUUACUACUUUAUUCUAUUAGAGUUGUUGUGGGUUACGGUAUUGGUAAGAAAGUUGUUUUUAUGGUUUAAAGCUGGUAAUUUAUGUUGAUUUAGUUUAGCAAAAACUUAAAAUAAUUGGGCCAAGGUGUUUAAAUUUAUAGCAUUAUAAGGCAGAAUAUAUCUUAAGGCUAUUUUUCCUAAUUCUGACACUAAUUUAACUAUUACAGUUCCAUUUUUAGUAGAAAAGUAUGGUCUGACAAGUCAUCCGGAUAAGAAUUUAAAUGUCACGUUAUACGAACUGGAGUUUGAUUUGCGUCUUUUUAACUCAUAUUCAGUAAACUGUAAGUUUUUACGUUUACAAACUUGUUUGAAGAUGGUUUACUUAACUUACGUAGCUUAUUUAAACCUAUUUUAAUAUUUAUGUUGUACUUUAAACAAUAAUUUUAACGACUUUUUUUGCUUUAUAAUACCAUAAUAUGUAAGUUUUUUUGGUUCAGCUGACAGUAGGUACCGAGGAAAUGUAAAAAUUCACUUCAAAGUCAACAAUCCCACCGAACAUGUCAAUAUUUACGCCUGCAAUGUCACCAUCUUACGAACAACCUUAUAUGAGCAUUCUGAUGAUAAAAGAGACAGAAUUGACAAGUUUACAAUAACAACAAACAAUGACACUUUUGAAAUACGACGAACACCAGAAAAAUACACAGAAGACAAAUUGUAUAUUCUGGAAUUCGACUUUGAAGGUGUCGUGUACAAGGACGAACCUUAUGGGCUGUACUUGCAACAAGAUGAGGAGCUGGGAGUGAAAUUGUUACAAUCACAGUUUAGUCCAAAGAAUGCGAGAAAGGCUUUUCCAGCUUUUGAUGAACCGUACUACAAGUCGGAGUACGAAUUGAAUUUGAUAUUGCCAAGUCAAGUUGAAGCAAUCAGUGGAACAAAGGUCAAAGAAGUGAUUGAUCAGUAAGUUGUUGUAGUGUGUGCAUGAGUUGGCAAACCUUCUUUUUACUAUGUGUAGUUACAAAUAGAUUUGUUAGCUAAAAAUCAUUAAUCGUGAUCUUUUGUCGAUUUUUGGCCGAAAAUCACUAGUUUUUGCGUAUUUUUGUUAUCAAUGUCCGCUCUCUUUCAUUCCUUUUUGCCGUUCCCAUAUCCAUGAGAAUUCGGGUACCCUCUGGCAUUUAUUUUUGUCGGGUUUGAUUAGUUUACAACGUGCCAGUAGUUCAGUGGUUAGGACGCUGCCCUCCCAAGGCAGAGGCCCGAGUUCGAAUCCCGGUUGGCGCAAAUUUUUUGUUUUGUCAUAAUUUGAAUGUUUUUAAAAAUUGAAUAAAAAAUUGAGAUUUUUAAAAUUACAGAAGGCAAUUUCAAACUGUCAUAUUUGAAAGAACGCCCAGAAUUUCAACUUUCUUGUUGGGAUUUGCUGUUGGAAGUUUUCAGAAGCUGUCGCAAACAACUGACACUGGAGUUAAUGUAAGUUUUUGGGAACAUGACAAUAAGUUUGAUUUUUGGUGAUUUUAGCAUUUUAUUACAUUUUAUGCUUUUAAAAAAAUGUUCUUUAUUUCUAUUAGAAAAAUAACGUUACUAUAAUACUUUAGAUUACCUUACUUACACUUAAAGGCUACCCACCUCCAUCUGCCUUCCACCUCGAAUCUGCUGUGAAAUGUUUGACCAACUUGGAAGCUCUGGUCAAUUAUCAAUUUCCAACUUCAGAGUUAAAGCUUCUUGUCACGUUGAACAAGGUUUUCAGUUCUGAAGCUCAUGGUUUGAUCUUUUUGUCGUCGACGGCCGGCUUUUUGUCUCAAAACUCGAAUAUUGAGAAGUUGUUUCAAACUGUUCACACUGUAUGUCAUGAGAUCUCCCAUCAUUACUUUGGAGAUCUGGUGGGAUUUGAAAGUUGGAAGGAUUUGUUCUUGAGCGAAGGAUUGACUUCUUACUACGGUAACAAGGCUUUGGAGUGGAAUUCGACGCUGAAGGUUAGUUUUUGUGGAUUUUAAACAUCAUUUUUGUAAAUUUUUUUUACUAAAUUUAUAAAAUUUAAUUUUUUUGUAAAAUUAAACAGGGCAUACGACUAGAUAAUGUUGCUUUUAGACAUUUCAAAACAGUCAGUUGAUCAAGAAGAACUUAAGAGCACUCAACCUCAUGAAAUGGGCAAAACAUUCAGUGAUAAGCGAAAAAGGUUACUAUGACAGUAAGUUUUGUCAAAUAUAUUAAUCAUAUACUAAAUUUACUAUAUGAUAUAUAGUAAAUUUAAUGUUAUCUAAAAGAAACAAGAAAUUCAUUUAAAAAUAUCAAUUUAGGUAUAACUUACGUUGUUGGUGAAGUGAUGACUAGAAUGCUGGCUUCAGUACUCGGCGAAGACUUGUUCGAUGACGCUAUACAGUACUAUUUGGAAGACAAUGCCUAUAAAUCUGUAGAUUAUCACAAGUUUUUGGAUUCUAUGACAAAAGUAAGGUUAACUUAAAGUGCUGUCUCUUACUCUAUAUGUAUCUAUUGCAAUAGCUAACUAAGUAUGUUACAUAGUUAGCUAUUGUCUAUAAAGAAUAAUAAAACAAGUUUUUGUAGUCAUUGCGAGGUCAAACCGCUUGUCACGGUGAAGUAGAUUUUCAUGAAUUUACACAUGACUUCCUUGGCCAAGCUGAUCAUCCUGUAGUGUAUAUUGACUUGGUGGAGGAUGUGUUUACUUUCAACGUAAGUGCAACCUCUACUGACAACAAAUGGACAUUGCCUCUACAUAUCUGGGAUGCUGAAACCGGAGAUAUCGAAAUGAUUUGGAUCAAAAAAGGUAUUUAACAGUAUUGCUUGGAACAAAGCUUAAUUUUAUGCAUGUUUAUAUAACUUAUGACAUUUUAAAUGAAAAUGUAUUCUAUACCUUAUAUUAUACUUCAUUUGUUUUAUUAUAAAUAACGAUAAAUAUAUAGGUAAACAAAGUCAGAACUAUGAUAACAUGUACCUUUAGAUGGUUCAAUUUGCAAGCCGAACAAAGCCUUCAGCCUUCGUAAUACUCGAUUGUUAGUAUUUAACCCAGAAGCCACUGAUUUCGUAUCAAUUCAUCUGUCUCCUAUUGUUGUUGAUGAAUAUCAGCGGAGAAUGGAGAGCUACGCAUUGUUAAGGUCAAUGGAUAACAUGGUCAUCAGUUCGUUGGCUACACAAUUGAGCUUGAGUGCUAAGUAAGGCUUAUUUUAAUACUUUUACUAUAAUCAUAGCUAUGAUACCUGAAUCUUAUUGAUCAAAAUCUCACUUUAUUUUUUUUUGUUUUCCAAAUAAUGUUGUACAUGCCAACAUACUAUAAUAUGAUAUUUUAGAACAGAAGUGUAUGCGAGUUGUUUGUUGAGCAUUGUGGACUCAUUAGACGUCUUCAAGGUAUCACUGAGAGUGGUAGAACUGGUUGUAGACAGCAAAUUGAAUGCGGUAAGACAUUAUACUUGUAUUUGUGUUCUAAUAUCAUUAGAGAAAAGCUAAUAUUGAAGAGAAGUGAAAUAUUAGACAGUGUUCAUACUUUUCUAGGACUUCAAGCCAUUUAUGGAGCAGCUCUACGGCUUUGUCGACUGGGCCGAGCCAGACAAAUUUGAUGAAGAAACAGAAAUUCGUCGUCUGGUACUCGAAUUUGUCAUUCGAUUCGAACACAAACCAGCUCUCCAGAAGUGCUCGGAACUCUUCCAAAUAGCCAAAGAGAACUGCCGAGAUCCCAAUACUUUCAAAAACUGCCAUCAUAUCCCAGCAUCCAUCAGAAUCCCAGUUUAUUCAGCCGCUCUAAUCUCUGAUCCUCAUGCCAAAACUUAUUUGACUCACCAUUUACAGCAUCUGAAGCAAAAUACUGUAACGUCAGCUACAGAGUGGGCUGAGAUUGAAGAAUUGGUCGGAAUUUUGGAUGAGUACGACCACAGUGUCAGCGAGAAGGACACAGUCAAGAAAUGUUAUCCUAUCAAUGAUGGUAGUGCAGUUUUGUCAAGAUUGUCUGCUAGUUAA